CCGGGCGCCGCACACGGGAGGCGACAAACGACAGCAAUUGGCGAAACUCAUCGCCGACGCGUAGCAAACCAUGCACACGGGAGGCGACGAGUGUCUGUGACCAGUGACACCCGUGGGCUACGCGUUCACAUCCAGAGCAAAUUGUACGAGUCUCCCACGGUUUUGGCUGUCAGAUGUGGAGGGAAUUUAGGGGUAUGAAAGUAGUUCAGAGGAGGAAAAGCGGCCGGUGUUGAUCUAGGACUCUUGCUAGUACAGGAUCUUGCUAGUAUUGAAGAUAAACUCGCAUAAAUGCCAGUGUAAAACGAAUGUAAAUUUACCCGGUAUCUUUAGUCUGGCACCGAAGAGUUCCCAUGCCGCUUUUUUCUUUAUAUCUCGAUAUUCUUUUUUUUUUUUAGAAAUGUCAAAUAUCUCCGGGAAAUCUGACACGGCAAGUAUAGCGCACUGAUUAGCAUCCUGUCCGCUCAUUGGUCGAUCAAUGAAACUCCGGCUGAUUGGUCCUCGCCUGGGCGACAGCGAUGAAAAGUUGCAAAACUUUCUGGGAUUGCUUUGCAAACUAGCGUGUGCAAGACGACACGCGUGAACACAAACUUUCACACGCACGAAUGUCGCGUGUCGGUUGUCUGGACGGUGACGCGAUAAUCGUUCUAUCUCGCAGGUUACAUUUAAAAUGAGUAGAGGCGAUGUCGACUCCCGUGUAUGGCGCCCAUUAAACAUAUGGCAACAAAUGCUUGGAGCAGCGACAAGUGACAUGCUUUUCUUAUUUUUCUCAUGUUUUCUUAGGUUUAUUUGUAUCCAAUAAUGUUUUUCGCCCAGACGGUUGGCAAUUUAAGAGAUUAUGUGUCCAAUAAUCCUCCAGCAGUGGCCUUUUUCCUGUGUCUCCUGACACUGGCUAUUUCAUUCAUCAGCCUCGGGUGUUACAGCAGCACUCAUACCCUGCCCAACCCUGACACAGCAAAGGACUGGAACCGUCUCCUUUCCACCUUAUCAAAGUUUCAUCUGUGCGUAAAAGCUAAUUGGCGCUCCGAUGAACCAGUGUCUCCACAUCCAUCACUUCUGACCAAAGAGGAAAAAGAUGGAACAACUCCAUCACAGAACAUGACAAUACAUACUCCAUCUGUCAUCACUUUGCGUCUCAACGUUCCUGUGGCUGUAACAAGCAGCCAUGGCCUACCAAAUGAUGUCGCCCUAUUCACAGCUAUGACAGCCAGUCAGUUAAAUCUUGGGGGCAAUGAAAUUGUGACUCUAGAGAUGCACCCUGAAAAUGAUACCUGUACCUGUCUCAUUAUAAAAGCCCGAGCAGAUCUCCUCCCCAUGAGACUACUUCCUCCUGAGUGUCCUGCAUCUGGGAGCAACCUUUCAUCUGUCCACGUUGAUGCAAUUAAUCAACCACAAGCAGCAUCACAAGCCUGCUAUGGUCUUCUCUCCAGGAAUGACCCCGCUCUCACCGUCAUGUUAACAAAGGAAGAGCAGUGGGUUGCGGUGCGACAUUUGAUUGAAGUCAGUGUGUGUCUGAUAGGUGUUUGUUUAUUACUUUGUUUAGCUGCAAGCCUGACACUCACCAAUACGCAGCUACCACAGGAAGGAACUGGAUCUCCAAAAUUCAGAUAGCAACCUAAUUUAAUAGUCUUUUUGUUUAUUUGUUACAGAACCUUUGACACCUAAACAUUAUCAACUGUAUAUUGAAAGGCUGCAUCACCACUUCCUGGGUGGGAGGCCUUAAGAGAACCUUUUUCUUAGCAACCAGUUUUCUUACAUCCAAUGGCUGUCAAGAUGUCUGCGUUAUUAAUCUUUGUGCCUUUAUAAAAAAUGAAUUCAAUAUAGGUGUGUUCUGUAUCUACAGUAGUCUGUAAUUCAAGAAUUGUAUACUGUACAGAAGUGCACGUUUGGUUUGACACUUCUCUAAAAGUUUCAAGGAGAAAUAUCUUAAACCUUGACCUGUUAAACUCAAGUGUAAAUAGUGUAUAACAUUGACGUUUUUUUUUCCACAAUACUGUUACUAUCAUAUUUGAAUAUUAAAAAACUAAAAUAAU